AUGGAGUUGAUCCACAAUCACCAUGUCGACAUCCUUUUUCUCUGCGAGCCGCGUAUCAGCAGUAAGAAAGCAAUUGAUACAGUGAAGUCUCUUGGUUUCCCCUGCUAUGAAAUUGUUGACUCUGUUGGUUUUUCUGGCGGUCUUUGGCUCUUAUGGAAGGAUACAAAUGUUAAUAUUGAGAUCCUUGGCUCCACUGACCAAUCUAUCACAACUUGCGUGACUAGUCCUGGGAAGACUCCUUGGCUUCUCACCACUAUUUAUGCUAGCCCGUGUGGUCCUAAAAGAGAAAAAUUAUGGGAGUAUCUUGAUUUUGUUAACAGCUGCCAUCAACUUCCAUGGGUCCUUGCUGGAGACUUCAAUGAAAUGUUACAUGUUGAGGAUAAACUAGGAGGUGCUCUGAGCAUCAGACACAAAGGGUUCAAGAAGUGGUUUGAUAACCAUGCUAUGGUUGACCUUGGCUUCUAUGGUCCUAAGUACACUUGGACUAAUAAGAGGGUGUUUGAACGUCUUGACAGAGCUAUCUGCAACUUGGCUUGGAAAAGCUUAUUUGGGGAGGCCCACGUUAAACACCUACCCCGGACUAAGUCUGAUCAUAAUCCUAUCAAGCUUUGCCUAAAAUCUGGAUUUACCACUUCUCCGGGUAAUAGGCCUUUUCGUUUUGAGGCUAUGUGGCUUAAGCAUGAGGGUUUUACUGAUUUUAUAACUCAAAAUUGGCAGCAGCUCUCUGGCCCAGUGUGGGUAAAAUCUUACGGAUUGGUGGAUCCCCUUAAACUUUGGAACCUCCAGAUCUUUGGUCAUCUCAAACAAAGGAAAGCAAGACUCCUUGAUAGAAUCAAUGGCAUCCAAAAGGCCCAAUGCUCGGGUUUCAAUAGAUUUCUUCAACACCUGGAAAGUUCUCUAGUUGAUGAAUUCAACACCCUUCUUGAAUAA